AACUAUUCUAUUUUUUUGUUCGACUUGCAACGAGAUUGACUAUUAAAAUGUUUUUAAGGAUCAUUUUGUCUUGUUUCGUUUGGGUCGUUACAGAGGCCAACCCAACGUUGACAAUCACGCCAUCAUCAGUAAUCAUCGGCGGUGACGCGAAUGACGUCACAACGACCUCACCAUUGUAUGUCAACAUAGAAUGUCGAAUGUCCGGGGUUCAGCAAGUUUACUCCUUGUACAUAAAGCGCGGCCCCACUCAGGACAGUCUAGCUGAAAUAAGUAUUGGUAAUCCGCCUAGAGUAAGCACCAAUGCGCCUAACGACAUCUUGCAGAAAAUACCGGAAGUGACGGGCAUGCUUGGAACUUCCGGAAACUUGCUUAGUGUGCGCUACCGGCAAGACCGGUUGGACUGCGUCGACGGAAACUCUUACCAAUGUAAGGUCUUUUACAAACCGAACAACGGGGACACUAUGACUGCGAACGCCUCAGCCAUAUUGUCUGUUUCCGUGCGUCCGGGGAACCUGCAGUUGCUGGCCGCCCGCGUUGUUAACGAAUUCAUGACGGAACCGGUAAUGAACAACUCCCUCGUGCAGCCCGGGGAGCAGCUUGAGCUCACGUGCACUGGCAGUAUCGGAGCUUCCCCAGAUGCCCCCAUCCAGUGGUUUCGGCGGACGUCUGGGAGCCAGCUCGUGUUCCAGUAUUUCACCCCGAUUCGAGACGCAGACUACAUCUCUGAGGGUGGAGCUUCCGGCAUCUCGACGCCCAUCUGCCAUUAUUCGCGGACGUCCAUGCUGCGCUACACGGUAGAAGCAGCGGACUCAGGUUUGGGCUUCCGGUGCCAGGUGACGUCACAGCAACAGAUGACGUACACGGCACACUCACCGGAUUACACGUUCAUGCUCGAAAAGUGA